CGCGCUGGAGCUCUCACACUUUUGGGGGAAUCGGUUUGUUCCUGCAUGUGUUAAAGUUCACCAAAACCGUGUAUCGUUUGUUUUCUUCGCAGCGCAGGACUGAAGCGGAUUUUAGGAUGGCCAGGUUUUGACGUACUUCUGCACGGAUUGUUUGCAAAAACUUCUUCGCCGAGAGUGUGUGCUGUGCAAACUGGGACACGCGCUCUUGUUUCCAUAGAAACGCACAAGACGCCUUGAAACUGCUCCGACCAUUCAUCAAGACUUCACAAAAACAGCAAGAUGGUAAGGAGGCAAGCGACAGCACGAAUCAGCGAAAAAGCCGUUUUAUGACAAUGUUUACUACCCGUCAGAUCCCCCGGGGACCCAUUCUUCAGCAGGGAUCCUGUCUCUGUUGAGCUCUCCUUGGAGUCAGCCCUCAUCCGGCAGCCAGAGCAGACCAGCCGCAUCCCCCAUGUCCGGACCGCUUACAUCCUCCGGAGCCGCCGGCAUCCCUCCGCCCUUCAGGUUCAGAGCCCGGCGUGAGAAAGUGGACUGGCGUCGGAUCAACGCCAUGGAUGUGGACCGGGUGGCUUCUGAAUUGGACUUCCACGCUCUACAGGAGCACAUCACAGAGGUGACGUUCUGCAGCGUGGAGGGCGAGCGCUGCCGGUGCUGUCAGAGCCCCGUGGACCCGGCUCUUAUUAAGCUUUUCCGGCUAGCCCAGCUGAUCGUGGAGUACCUGCUGCACUCCCAGGACUGUCUCAGCAUCAGCCUGCAGACGGCUGAGGAGAGGCUUCAGACGGAGGACCGCGAGAGGGAGCAGCUCUGCAUCCAGCUGCAGAAAAAAACCCAGGAAGCCAAGACACUAAAGGAGGAACUGAAGCAGAGGAAGAAGAUCAUAGCCUCUCAGCAAGCCAUGUUCAGCACGGGGAUUGGUGCCAAUUACCACAAGUGCCAACACUGUGAGAAAGCCUUCAUGAAUGCCUCUUUCCUGCAAAGUCACAUGCAGCGCAGACAUCCAACGGAGUCUGACAUCAAACUGAUAACUGAUAAUCAGAAAAAAAUUCAGACCAUGAAGUUACAAGAGGAAAUCAACAAACUACAGGAGCAGCUGACCCUGGUCACAUCCCAAAUGGAGACACAGCAGAAAGACUGCAUUGCUAAACAGGAGAAAGAGCUCAUUCAAAGGCAGGAAGAGUUUAAGAGACAACUGGAAAUAUGGAAAGAAGAAGAGAAGAUGCGGAUGAACAGCAAAAUAGAUGAAGUCAAGCAAGCCUGCCAGCGGGACAUGGAUUCAAUGCAUCAAAAGAACAGAAACCUAGAAAAAGAGCUGCUAAAAUUACAGCAGAAAAAUAUGCAGGAAUGUGUGCAGCCGUUACAGACACAGCCCAUUAAUGAACACUGGCAGGAAGUUGUUAAACUUCAACAAAAACUUCACAAACAAGAGGUGAAGUGGGCAGGGAAAAUGCAAAAAAUAAAGGAGGAACAUGACAGUGAAAAAAGUCUGCUUCAGGAGGAGCUGUUCAAGAUGCGCUCGGCUGUGUCAGAAGGACGGGAGGAAUCACGACGACAGGUGCUGGAGCUGAGCCACAGGCUGCAGGAGCAACAGCAGGUUAUUUCCUCCCAAAACAAGCAGAUGAAACAGAUCUCGUCAAAGCCUCCAGCAAUAUCAGUACAGCGUGAAGCGGUUGCUGCCCUGGCUCCAGAGACUAAAGCUAAAGUGGUGCUCAGUGAUUCCUCUAGCAUCUCUGAAGGUCACACUGAGAGCCGGUCAUGGCAGCAGGAAGUGCAGGAGCUGUUGAAGAACCCGGGUUUAAGGAGAGACAUGUGUCUGGCAGCUCAGCAGAACCUUGAAGAUCGACUGCAGAGCUUAGGCAUCAAGGGAGUCAGUGGUCUCUCUAAAGGGGCGUUUAAGAGCACCAUGACCCAGGUUGUAACUGAUCGUCAGAAGAGACAGGAAGAGGAUCCAGCGUAUCAGAGGGCUCUGAAAGAGAUCAGCCAUAAACUGGAGCAGAGAGUGAAGGAGAGGAACACGCAGUGGCCAGCCAAACCCAAACAACAGGAACAAGUGGUUCAGUCCAGACCCAGAUCCAGCAGCUUUCCAUCUACAGUAACUCGAGUGGAGUCAGGCCCUGCUCCUAAACAGCAGCACACCCCACAAGCAGCUCCACGCAGCAGAACCAGCCCCCUGCUCAAGACCUCCACACCGCUACAACAUCACAGAACUCCUCCAUUCAGCUCUGAUGAAGAAUCAUCUGAGGAAGAGGAAUCGUCUGAAGAAGAAACCCCUCAGACACAGAAGAAAUCCGCUCUGGUCAACAGCACCACAGUCAAGGCCCAGACUGCUAAAACCCCUCACACUCCUGCAGUGCGCUCCGAUGCUGCUGUGAUCAAUGCAGACAGAACGGAUUUCACGGCUCUGAGCGAGAGCGACAGCGAGUGGACCGACGGCAGCGAGAUGGUGGAGAUCAACCUCUCACAGCUGCACAAACACACUGACCAGAAUGGAAACAUGGAGAAGAUUACUCACAGUAAUGUCAAAACUCUGAGCAAAAGCCUUGAAAAACAGCUGGAAGCUCGAGGCCAAAAGAAACCAGCUGGGGGUGUUAAUAUUAUGCUUGAAAAGCCAACAGCUGUCAAAAAUAUAAAGCAAGAUGCAAAGAAAGAGCUGAAGCAUGCCGAUGAAGAUGAUGAUGAUGACGACUGGGAUAUCUCCUCUCUGGAGGAUAUACCCGCUGUAACCAAACCCAGCCAAUGUCCCGUACCCAUGAGGAGCAGCCUGGACAAGAGUCUGGACACCAGCACCAGUGUGUGGGGCUCCUCAGCGGCCAAAGGACAGAAGACAAGCCUCACAAACACAGGAACCAGUAGCACUCUCAAGAGCAGUUUAGUGACCGUCAGCGACUGGGAUGAUUCUGAUGAGAUAUAAUAAAAUACAGCAGAGCAAUACCAAAACAUCCUCACAUUAAUGUACCUUAUAAUUGUAAUAUCCAGUAUCUAUUGUAGCUCAGGCUUAGUGAUCAUUCAGGGACAGCAGUGCAAAACUUGUUUGAUAUUAACAGUGUUAAAGGUACUUUAUAUGAAGUUUAAAGGUACAAGUAUACCUAACGCUAAGAAACAGCCAAGGGAUGUUGCACUUUAAAAUGAUUGCCUCAUACUUUUUUAAUAGUGUAUGUAAUGUGUUAAUAAAAAUGAUUUAUUAAACUUUUUUAAAAA